GCAGAAGAAGGAAAGUCCCUCUGGGAGUUGGUGCUGGAGCAGUUUGAAGAUCUCCUCGUCCGCAUCCUUUUGAUGGCAGCUUUUCUGUCCUUCAUCCUGGCCUGGUUUGAAGAAGGAGAAGAGACCACGACAGCAUUUGUAGAGCCUGUUGUCAUUAUUAUGAUCCUGAUCGCCAACGCCGUGGUGGGUGUGUGGCAGGAGAGAAACGCCGAGAGUGCCAUCGAAGCCUUGAAAGAGUAUGAGCCUGAGAUGGGGAAGGUGAUCCGUGCUGACCGCAGCGGGGUACAGCGGAUCCGCGCCCGGGACAUUGUCCCUGGGGACAUCGUGGAGGUGGCAGUUGGUGACAAGGUGCCGGCGGACAUCCGGAUAAUCGAAAUCCGGUCCACCACCCUGCGGGUUGACCAGUCCAUCCUCACAGGGGAGUCUGUGUCAGUGAUCAAACAUGCUGAUCCCAUCCCCGACCCCCGGGCUGUCAACCAGGACAAGAAGAACAUGCUUUUCUCCGGCACCAACAUCGCCGCUGGGAAGGCUGUAGGGGUCGUCAUUGCAACAGGAGUGUACACCGAGAUCGGGAAGAUCCGAAACCAGAUGGUGGAGACCGAGCCUGAGAAGACCCCCUUGCAGCAGAAGCUGGAUGAGUUCAGCCAGCAGCUCUCCAAAGUGAUCUUCCUGGUGUGCAUCGCUGUCUGGGUCAUCAACGUCAGCCACUUCAGCGACCCGGUCCACGGUGGCUCCUGGUUUCGGGGGGCCAUCUACUACUUCAAGAUCUCGGUGGCGCUGGCGGUGGCUGCCAUCCCCGAGGGCCUUCCGGCUGUCAUCACCACCUGCCUGGCGCUGGGCACGCGGCGCAUGGCCAAGAAGAAUGCCAUUGUCCGGAGCCUGCCCUCGGUGGAGACCCUGGGCUGCACGUCCGUCAUCUGCUCCGACAAGACCGGCACCCUCACCACCAACCAGAUGUCCGUCUGCCGGAUGUUCAUUAUGGAGAAGGUGGAGGGCACCCAGUGCAGCCUGCAUGAGUUCAGCAUCACCGGCUCCACCUAUGCCCCCGAGGGACAGAUCCUGAAGGACGAGCAGCCGGUGCAGUGCGGGCAGUACGACGGGCUGGUGGAGCUGGCCACCAUCUGCGCCCUCUGCAACGACUCUUCCUUGGACUACAAUGAGUCAAAAAAAGUCUACGAGAAGGUGGGGGAAGCCACUGAAACAGCCCUGACGUGCCUGGUGGAGAAGAUGAACGUCUUCAACACUGACAUCAGCAAACUCUCCAAGGUGGAGCGAGCCAACGCCUGCAAUUCGGUGAUCAAGCAGCUGAUGAAGAAGGAAUGCACCCUGGAGUUCUCCCGUGACCGCAAGUCCAUGUCCGUGUACUGCACACCCACCGGCCCCGGCCACAACUCCACCGGCAGCAAGAUGUUUGUCAAGGGCGCCCCGGAGAGUGUGAUCGAGCGCUGCACCCACGUCCGUGUGGGCACCACCAAGGUCCCGCUGACCGCCCCGGUGCGGGAGAAGAUCCUGGGCAGGAUCCGGGACUGGGGCAUGGGCAUCGACACGCUGCGCUGCCUGGCCCUGGCCACGCACGACUCGCCUGUCCGCAGGGAGACCAUGCAGCUGCACGACUCUGCUGCCUUCGUCCACUACGAGAACAACCUGACCUUUGUGGGCUGCGUGGGGAUGCUGGACCCUCCCCGCAAGGAGGUCACCUCCUCCAUCGAGAUGUGCCGCAAGGCCGGCAUCCGCGUCAUCAUGAUCACUGGUGACAACAAGGGCACGGCGGUGGCCAUCUGCCGCAGGAUCAGCAUCUUCUCAGAGACUGAGGACGUGGCUGGCAAAGCCUACACGGGCCGGGAGUUUGAUGAGCUG